AUGGGAAACGUGGAAAUGGCAAAUCGAACUGUGUUUAAAAGAACAGUGCCUUUAUUCGAUUGUCGAUGGCACGCGGUCGUGCCCGGACGGGCCGUAGGACGGCGGGGAGCCGUCGCCGCAUCGGAAGCGUACCGACGCUGGCAACGAGACAAUGCGCGUGCGGCUCAAAUACUCGGUACAACGCUCGAAGAAGAAGCCGCUCUUCAUGUCCGUAAGAAGACCGACGCGAAAGAAAUUUGGGAUACGUUAGUGUCAGUAUUUGAACAGUCAUCUCUGCAGAGAUUAUACACGUUGCUCGACAGCUUCUUCGAGAUGUCGAAGGAUGACGCAACCUCCGUUACAAAACAUACGUCUCGAUUAGCGAACGUGUUCGAGAACAUUCUUAACGAAUUACAUAAAGGCAACCCAAAUGCUACACUUCCGCUACCGCUGCUUCACCAUCGUAUUUUCAAAACGCUCGGUCCCGAGUACCAAUAUUAUCGUUCAACUUGGUAUCGCAUUCCGGAAAACGAGCAAACGACGAAGCUAUUAAUUGAAAAUUUGCGUUCGAUUGAGAAUUUGGUUGCGUCGCACGGAACACCGCAGACGACUGGCGCUUUCUACGCAAGACCGAAAGUGAAGAAUUUACAGAAGAAACCAAAUAAAUCAACACCAGAUCCGGCUUCGACAGAACAUAAGAAGGAAAAACGGUCGUGUUUAUAUUGCAAGAAAGUCGGACAUAUCAUCGCCAAUUGUCAGAAACGCGACAGCAAACCAGGCACGUUCUUCGCCACUGGCCUGGCAGUCAACGCAGACUUCGCUCCCGCUGACUCUUGGAUUUCGGACUCCGGUACGACGCAUCAUAUGUCGACGAACAAACAAUACUUUGCUACAUUCGAGAAGUUCCCGAUUCCGCAGCGCGUCCAGACAGCGGGCAAGGAAUACAUUCUGGCUUACGGGUCUGGCAGAAUUGAUGUCGAGAUGCGCAUAGGUGACAGAUGGUUGCCUGCUUCGAUGAAGGACGUUUG